AUGGCCUCCCUCUCUACAGCGUCCGGCAUGCACGGCGGCGCCCGCCUGAAAGGCCACGGCAGCGACAGCAACGGCAGCGAUAGGAUACAUACGAACAGAAGUGUGCUCGUUCAGUCUGGCGAGAUAGAUGAUGUCGAUGUUGCGCCCGGACGAGAGAAGGUCGAGAAGCCGGCCGUUAAGCCGUGGGCUCAUUUCCUUGCUGGCGGCCUCGGCGGAAUGACCGCUGCAACGCUUACGUCGCCGCUGGACGUGCUCAAGACUCGUCUGCAGUCGGACUUUUACCAGGCGCAACUGCAACAGCUUCGCGCGCAGCACCCGUUGCCCCCGGCCUCUUCGUCGAUUGCCGCCCUUACUCGCAGUGCAGCCGUGCAUUUCAGCGAGACCAUACAGAUGCUUCGGUCCAUACACGUUCAUGAAGGUUGGCGGGCACUGUUCAAAGGUCUAGGCCCGAACUUGACCGGCGUUGUGCCAGCACGAGCCAUCAAUUUCUACGUCUACGGCAACGGCAAGAGGAUACUGAACGACUACUUCCGAUACGAUCCGAAUGAGUCCCCCGUCGCCAUUCAUCUAGGCGCCGCGGCGAUAGCAGGCAUAGCUACGGGCACAGCUACAAACCCCAUCUGGCUCGUCAAGACGAGAAUGCAGCUGGACAAAAACGCCUCUCAACAGCAGGGAACCGGCCAGGCAGUGAGGAAAAGGCAGUACGCCAACUCCCUGGACUGUAUACGCCAGACUGUUCGCCAUGAAGGCAUCCAGGGCCUGUAUCGCGGCCUGUCAGCUUCGUACCUGGGUGUGUCCGAGAGUGCGCUCCAGUGGGUGUUGUACGAGCAAAUGAAGCGUGUAUUGGCGCAGAGAGAAGCCCGACUGGCUGCUGACCCAACGCAUGUACCCGGUUGGAUGGACGAUGUGAUAUCGUGGGGUGGCAAGCUCGUGGCGGCUGGAUCCGCGAAACUGGUGGCUGCUGUAGCGACUUAUCCGCACGAAGUGGUACGGACGCGGCUGCGUCAGGCUCCGACCGUCCCCGCAGGCUCAGGGAAAGCCCAGCUGAAGUAUACCGGCCUAGCGCAGUGCUUCAAGGUCGUCUGGAAGGAAGAAGGCAUGGCGGGUAUGUAUGGUGGCCUCACGCCUCAUUUACUUAGAGUGGUGCCUAGCGCAGCCAUCAUGUUCGGAAUGUAA